GCCUCCUGCUGCACGCUCCACGAGGUAGAACGACGAACGUAGACACGACGACGUUAGGGGACCGGUACGACGUAACGCGCGCGCGGGCCUCUUCGUACGCAAGGCCCCCGGCUUUUCGCCCUCCGACGCGUUCGCAUCACGCAUCGGCGCGUCUCGCGUCGCAUCGCCACGCGUGUCCAUCGCGACGAAAUUUCGGACUGCUGGCGCGGGGGCGUUUUCUCCUGCCCGAAGGUGUCCUGUCGUCUCGGUGUCCUCGACGAGUCACGAGCUUGUCCCGCGUCGCGACGCCAUCGUCACUCUCGCGGGGUCCGAUGUUUUUGUCACUUGCCUGUGAUCGAGUCACGACCUCGCUCGUACGUCGAUAGACCUGGCUCGGCCUAAUCGAGCAACUCGGUGUGCUCCGGAACAACGUAGACGUCGGAUUCGCGUCACAUAGAAAGGGGAUGAUACUCUCUCCCGGAGUCUCCUAGAGUCCCGAAACGGAACCUGCCUCUCUCUCGAGAGACCUUUCGUCCCGGCGAUGGAGCACUCGAGGUAGACCGCUCGGACUUUUUCUCUCUCCCUCUCUCGCCGAGGUACUUCGAUCCGAUCAGGACGGGUCCGCGAGGAAGUGACGUUUCCAUUCCGGCCGUAUCAUCCGUUCGAUCUCGGCGAGAGAGUACCGCGCGUUCCCGCGUGAACACCACGACCGAUCGCGACUGAACGAUCGCCGAUCGCGUCACCCCGUCAUCGUCGGCGACAUCCAUCGGGGACCCGCGGUCUCUCUCACCCGACGACACAUCGCCUCCCCCACCCGCGCGAACACCACGCGUCCAGCCACGCGAUCAGCGGGACCAACGAUCCGGAAGGUUUCGCACGGCAACGGUGACCAACGAGCCGGGCAUUCUUAAUGGACACCUGAUCCACGGUGAUUGACCACGUCGGCCGGCUGCAUCGAGCUACGACGUCGCGGUACCGUCGGCGACGAUGAUAUUCCGUCGGCGCGCUCAAGCUCACAGGAUCAUCCCCGUCUGAAGAUCACGCCGAGAGUGAGGGAGAAGGCGAGAACGAUCCGGGGGUGAAUCGAGGUCCGCCGAGGUGUCAGGUGGUGCUGUGACGAUAUUUACACGUGCGGGACCUGUGCCGGGUUAUGACAGACAAGCGCUGUGAACGGUGCCACCCGAACGGUGAAGUGAGUCGCCGCGACGGAGGUGUUGAGUGAGUAAGCGCGCGUUCAGAGACUUCAACGCCCGGCGAGGACAUAGCCGAGGGAUAUAACCACACGGCGAAGACGACCGUGACGACGACAACAACGACGACGACGACGACGACGACGACGACGACGACGAGGCUAUUCGUAUUCAGAAGGCGACGAGGGGUUGAACAGACACCUCGUCCGACAACCCGGCGAGGUGUUGUCCGAGAUAGAAGAGGGUGGCGGGAGGAGAGGGCUGGACGGAGGGUGGCGUGCUAUGAUCAGCAUGGAGCUUCCGGCACACGCGACGCAGCAUGGUGCUCUACACCUGGGGGUCGGGGUCGGGGUCAAUCCAGGUGACCCAGCCGGAAGUGCCUUAGCCGCCAUUCACCCGCAUCCCCAGGACCCUCUAGCCCUCCACCAUCAUAAUCACGGCGCUGCGACAGCCGGAGGUAUGCAUGAGGACUCCAAGAAAAAACAUGACGGCGGCCACGGGAUACACCAGGACGGUCACGGCGGUGUCAACCAGCUCGGCGGUGUCUUCGUGAACGGAAGGCCGCUACCGGAUGUAGUCAGGCAGAGGAUCGUCGAGAUGGCGCACAGCGGCACCCGACCGUGCGACAUUUCGAGACAACUCAGGGUAUCUCACGGCUGUGUAUCCAAGAUUCUGUCGAGGUAUUACGAGACCGGUAGCUUCAAGGCUGGCGUGAUAGGAGGCUCCAAGCCGAAAGUGGCGACGCCGCCGGUCGUCGACGCGAUCGCCAACUACAAGAGGGACAAUCCGACUAUGUUCGCGUGGGAGAUCAGGGACAGAUUGCUGGCUGAGGGUAUUUGCUCGCAGGACAACGUGCCAUCCGUCUCCUCCAUCAAUCGGAUCGUGAGGAACAAGGCGGCGGAGAAGGCGAAGCACGCGCAUCAGCAACAGCAGGCGCAGCAGCAGCAAGGUCAGCAGCAAGGUCAGCCCGGAUCGGGCGGUUCCGUGUCGGUGAUAGCACAUGCACCUGCGACGGCGGCAGGCCAUCCCGCUGCCACCGCUCCCAACGCCUACAGCAUCAGUGGCAUCCUGGGCAUCCCGGUGCACCAUCAGGAUCCCAAUGGCAACAGCAUCAAGAGGAAACGCGGCGAUGACGAUGACAAUCGCGACCUCAACGACCACGCCGAGAACGACCUGAAGAGGCAGAGAAGCAACUACAAUGGCGACCAGCUCUACUCGAACCUGUGGUCGAGUAAAUGGAGCAUCAAGGACGAGCACAAGUUCCUGAGCGAGCUCGGCGGCGGAGGCGGCGGUGCGACCGGCGGCACGAACGGCGGUGGGACCGGCGGCGGAGGUGGCGGCGGCGGCGGUGGCGGCGGCGGUGGCGGCGGUGGUGGCGGCGGCGGCGGAGGCGGUGGUACUGGCGGAGGCGGCGGCGGCGGUGGCGGCGGAGGUGGCGGCGGUUACUACGAACACGGCGGAUUCCCCGGGAACGCUAUUGCCACCUCCGCCGAGCUGUACGACUCCCUGGGCACCAUCAGCACGAUGACGCAAGCGCAAACUCCCCAUCUCUACACCCCGCCCAUAGGGGGCACCAUAGCAGGUGGUACUUUGACGCCGCUCGCGCCACUGACGAUGCAAGAACUAAAAUUGAGCCAAACAUUGGACGGGGCUAACAUGUCUCCUUACCACACCACCGCAGAGAGCAGUACCGUCGCAGUAUCGUAUGUAGGGGUGGGGGCCGGUGGGGGCGAGCAAAGUCCCCCGAUUUCGUUGCAGAACGAGACAAACGCCACCCCCGCGGCCCCCAAUACCUCCGGAGGGGAUCCCGGACUGACGGUCUUGCAGCCGCCAGUUUCUCAGCCCCAAGUAGCCUCUGCGAUACCGCCGUACUCGACGAUGCUACCAAGUUUCGGACACUACGCUACCGGUGGUGGCGAUUAUGCGUACAGCGCUGCGUAUUCCCAGUACUCGAGCGCGCCGUACAGCGGCUACGGUUAUGGGGCGGCGACAAGCGGGUUGCUCAACUCCACGUACUACUACUGCAACGGGGACACGUCCACCCACACGUCGCAGCAGGGCGGCGGGUGCAGCAGCGGUGGUCCGGAGAGUAGUGCCGACGUGGCCAGUCGCUCGCCUCUGGCGGCCACCAGAGCCAGCAGCGGUGCCAGCGCGGCCUCGCCGACCGGAAGCGCCUGCACGAAGCCGGACCACACCUCCACGCCGACGGACCUCUACCUGGCUUGAUGGUCGGGCAACAACAGCACGGGGGAAAGGCUGCAGGCGGAGUGUCCGUCAGCAGACAUGAGCGGGCCAGCCGGCUGCGACAACGGACGCCAUAUCACGAAGAGACACCACGUCGAAAUUAAGCAAUGAUCUCCUUCCCCCAACCGCUCCGGCGAGUUCCGGCGGAACGCGACGGCGGAGAGUUCGGAGCGCGGGGAUACCGGCGCGGAUCCAUGGGCGCCGAGGAAGAUUCAACACACGCAAAGAUCGCGGGACGACCCGACGUUCUCCGCGCCGAAGAAGCUGAAGAACCGGCGCCGCUGGAUCAGUGAUUGGUCCGCCGGCCGGAGGAACUUUGAAAAGAUUCCAGGAGUGGCCGCGCGCUUUCGGGCUUUCGAACUUCAUCGCGCUCUCAGGGUGGUGGACGACACAGGACUCUCGGGCUUUCGGCUCGAGGGUCGCGGUGACGACGAGUUGAACGGUAAACAGAAGCGCGCUCGCACGAGAAGCGCGAGAAGCGUGUAAGAACUCGACGCGAGCGACGGUGACAUCGGCGCGCGAGGUCGUCUCGCGCCGUCGCCGUUUCCCCGAUAACGCGCUAUCAGCGUGUCGCCUCUCUGCGUUUUAUUUAUUUGCUGUGAUCCGAAGAGAGAGCGAGGACCACACACACAUAUAUACACACACACACACAUACACACACCGAGAGCCGGCCGCGAGUCGGGGAACGGCGCCGCCGCCGCUCUUCUUGCUAAGCGCGCGCCGGUAGGUAGUUUAAUUUAAUGAUCCUCAGUUAGCGUAAUUUUCACGCGAUGGUCGCGAACGCCCUCGCGAGCGCGCGCACAGCUCCGCGAAGAUGUCUCUCCUCGUCGAGGAGCGUGCACGCGUCAUUCGUGGGCGAACGCGCGCUCGCCUCGGCGAACGCAGUCGGCGCGCGACCAUGUAAAUAUAUAUAAAUUGAAUAUAUAUAUAUAUAUAUAUAUAAAUAUAAGAGAACAAGAAAAAUUAUAUAUAUAUAAUAUAUAUAUGAGAAAUAUAUUAUAUAUAUAAUUAUAUAUGUAAUAUAUAUAAUAUAAUACGAAUUAUAUAUAUAUAAUAUAUAUAGUUAUAUAUAUAACAUACGAGUAUAUAUAUAAUAUAUAAAUAUAUAUAUGGCCCGUGUAAUAAAAGUCAAGCGCCCCGAUGGCACGUUUUUCUCUCCCGUAGGCACGACGACCCCCCCAUCCUGCCCUUCUUAAGAGUAUCGUAGAGUAACUCGAUAAGUUUGAGAUUUUUAAAUCAGGAGUCGACGUAACGAUCACUACUGUUAAGGAUAUUAUAUAUAUUUUUUGUAGAAACCAAAGACCAUACGCGCGAGUAAAACUCACAGAAACACACACAGUACACACAUACAUACACACACACACACACACACACACACACACACACCAUACACGCACGCACGCACACGCGCAGACAUGGACACUUCACACGCAUUUGCACGCGAGCACGCAUACGCACUUUACGCACGCACCGACACGUACACAACACACGCAUACGACGACGACGAAUUAACGAACGAGGCACGUCGCGCACUCUUCGCGGCACAAGCGCGACCUUUGAGCCGGUCUUGAGCGGCCCCCUCUUCAACAUAAGCGGACCGGUAAAUGCGUGAUCGCGAGCAGCGUGUAGGAUCGACGACAGACAUUACCGAACGUUCCGUCUCGAAGGUAUGUCGCGGCUGAAAAGAGAUAAAACUAAGUGGGGAAAGAAAGAAACCCGCCAGGCGGAGGAAUUCGCAUUUGCGCUCGUACUUUCUACUUAACGACGUUUUAAUUUCGAGCCACGAUUAUUGCGAGAUAAAUAUCGAGAACGAUGGCGUGAUCGCGAGCCACAUUGGACUUAUCGAAGCACCAUUGAAGAACGUUUUUUCUUUCUCUCUCUCUCUCUCUCUCUCUCUCUCUCUCUCUCUCUCUCUCUGUCUCUCUUUUCUUUAUGUUGUUCGUGCAAUUAGUGCAAGUCGGCGCGUGGACACUUCCUCGACGGCCCGGCGAUCACGCUCGUUCGUUCUCUCGGUUCCGUUCGACGCCUUCGUUCCAUGCUUCCGCUUCGCGGCGGAAGCCGUACCGUUUCCCGCUCACCGUCGGGCGGAACGCGCCCGGUGGAAGAUUAUCGCGAAGGCGCAAUUAGCGUCAGGCCUCGGGGAUUUUUAAUGAGAAAUUACGCGCGCGUGCGCGCGCGAGCGAGCGAGCAUACGUACUCAUGCGCACGCGCGUUCUCCGAUUUAACAAUCGCGUUAAUCAUUGAUGCCUCGGCACGCGCUACCAAUUUCAUGCGUCGCGAAUCUAUCCAGCCAGCCAGCCAGCCAGCUGGCUGGCUGGCCUACCUGCCUGCCGGAAUGAGGCUGUAGAAAACAGUAUCGCGACACUCGAAUUCCGACAAUUUUCAUUCACACUCGAAAUCUUAGGCUUAUUUGAAACUUGUCUUCUGAGAUACUCAGAUCUAAAUUUAAAGACUCGAGUUCUUUUGUUUCAAUCAUAUAAGCUAAAAGUAUUAAUGCCUGGACAUGUGUCUGAUUCUGAAUAUCCUUUUGGUCCUUAAAUAGUAAUAAAGUAGUUGAACUUUUAAUAUAGAAAAUACACGUAUUCAAUGUAUGUGUUCUAUGUUGAAAGUUUAAAUAUUCGUCUUUAGAGACCGAAACAAUAAAAAUGUUUAGAAUCAGAUGUCCAGACAUUAGCCUUUACCUUAUAUGCAUGGGAACAGAAUUUCUCUUUGCAUAACUAAAUUCAGACGAAAGACUCGUUGACGGGAAACGAUAUCUUUGUUACCGUGACCGAUUCGUCCGAGCAUUCAACUACGUUAAAGCUCGGUUGAGGUAAAUAAGAGCAAUUGGUUCUCUCUCUGAGUAAAAAUCUCCUACAGAAAUCUUCCUACUUCUAUAAACGAGUUUUUUGUCUGAUUCCCAAAUUCAGUUAUACCAACGGAGUUGUCCUUUCCAUGUGUGACGUUACAUUUGUAAUCGCGAUUCACCUGAAAAGCUCACUCCAAGCUAAAAUCAGAGCAUGUCACACACAGCUGAAGCAACUUUCAAGUAAUAUCUAUUAAUACAGACCUUAGAGAGAGACGCGGAUUGUAACAUUUAACGCUGAACGCAAGACACUCCUUCAGCGGACCGUUACGGAGGGUCCGAAGUGGACCGAGACGUCUGGGCGUUGGUUUGUUAAUUCUUACAGUUAUUGUACAAAUAUUUACGCGUAUCUGCAACCACGUUUCAGAUACAAUUGACUCCGAUUAUCUGAUCCGCCUGCCUAUCUCUCUUUCACUCGUCUUUCUCUUUGCGCGACGCGGCCAAAGUAUCAGAAGCGUCGAUCCGAAGCGUGCUCGCGAGAAGCCCAGAUUGCCGUCACUAGAUCCCAGCUGAUUGGCCAAAUUCCCGAAUCGAAACUCUCGCGCGAUGUUCCGUCCGUGUCGAUCGUCGCUCGUCCGAUAAUUAGACCGUAUCAUUAGUCGCGAAGAUCGUAGAUAGUUUCGUCUGCGUUACGCUCUACGGCAGCUCACGCCUUCUCGUUCAGGAUAAAAUGAGCGAUUGAAAUCGCGAAAUUGCUAAUCGAACCGCGAAUCGCAACAUCGUUCGCUGUUACGGCGCGCGCGCGCACGAUGCGAUAACGCGUAUGCGUAGCGCGACUACUUUCGAGAAGACAGUUCGAGAAGCGAUAUUCGGUGCGUGAAUGCACGAGAGAUACACGUUGGAGGUAAUCGACAAAUCGGCCGCAACAUCGGCCGGAUCAUUGCGUCGGAUGUUCGGUACGAUUAUCCCGCGACUACAAUCGAUAUUAUUGCGUACUUAUGCAUUGUUAUAUUUUAUUAUAGUAAUGACGCUGAUUAUUAAUUCUUAUUCUAUUUGCUAUUUUCGCUAUUUUCAUUAUCACGAUUAUUUUAUUAUUAUUAUUAUUAUAUUAUUAUUAUUAUUAUAUUAUUAUUAUCAUCAUCAUUAUUAUAUUAUUAUUUAAUGCCUUUAUUAUUUAUUAAUUGUAACGACGACGACGACGACCUAUGUGUAAUAAGUUUUGCCAAAGAACCCGUCGAGAGAGCAAUAUUGCAGUGAAAACAUUUUAUAGCCUCUCCGUAGGAGGCGAAGCAGCCGAUGGAAGCACGAUUAUAAAUAAAUAUGGAAUUGAUUGCGUCAAAAGAAAGAAUGAAAACACACACGAAGAGAAAAACGACUGUGCGCGGCGUUUCGAGCGACGGGCGAUAAAAUGCGACAUGGAAACUGUCCGUCCGAGAGUCGCGAAUUCGCGAGAUUUCGACUCGAACGCUGCGGCCGCGCAUUUCUAAUCAAGCACACACACAUACACACACACACAUACACGCGAUUAUCUCAUUUUAUUUCAUCGUUUGUCCCGUGUGAUAUUCUUGUUCCGUGCGCCGCUCUUGCCGAGUCUCGCUGUUGAUACUUGCAAACAGAACUCUGUACAUCCUUUUUAAAUAAAUAUGAGGUUUA